AUGUUUACGCAAAAGCAAUGGUGUUCUGGUUGGCGUCAUUUCGCCCCUGCACGCUUCGCAGACUGUCUUACUAUCCAUAACGCUUUGGAUCCUGUCGCCCCACAAGGCACUUACCGUGUGAGAUUCAGCGACACUGAAGUGCUGCACAUCUACCGUCAAUUGGACCAGCAGACGCAAAGUGAUUUGCGAUACUACUACCCGAAUCUUAAUGUCCGGUAUCUGAAGGGUAAGACUGGCGCGUACAAACUCAUACAGAACGUCAAAUUUUGGAUUUGUGAGUUUUAUGAUGGCCAAUGUAAAGCGAUUACCGAACUGGAGAGACUGCCAUUUCCGAGUUUUGUGAAGGGUGGGAUCACUUAUGACCGCCAGGCUUUUGUAACCGCGUAUGCUAAUGUUCGGGAUGCAGUGUGUGAGGUAAACCUUUACCGUAUAGAGUGGGGCCAAGAUCAGGGGCAGUCCAGCCUUUGCCUAGAAAUGCUAGAUAAACACUCAAGUAAUUUUACGGAAGGUGGUAUUUGUGAUCAAUAA